AUGGAAACACCAAAGAAACAUAAACACCAUAAGAGGCCACUGCCUGAUGUUGCUUUAACACCUCCACCUCGCGUUUUAAGAAAUAGAGAAAGACUUUUACCUCUUCCAAGACAAAAUUUGGCUGUAACUCCUCAAAAAGAGAUGAAUAACAACUACAUCGAUUUCAUUAAGGAACAGAAGAGAAGAUUACAAGAGAUUUCAGAUGCAGUUCAAUCAUCUAGACAACUUAGAGCAAUGAGGGAAGCAAAGAUUACUCGUAUUAAUUAUGAAAACUUAUGA